AUGAUUACGCUUAUAUCGAAGUUUGUCCACGACCUUAGUGUAAACCAGCUCCUGCUUACCGUUCUUGGUUUUGUUGUCGGUCUGGCACUAAGCUUCAGAAGCUCCACUGCCUACGAGCGAUACAAUGACGGCCGUAAAUACUGGGCACAACUCGCUUUCCAGUCCCAGAACCUUGCUCGCCUUAUUUGGAUUCACGUCGAUGAACGGCAUGAAAAAGACGCUGAGCUCGGCAAACAAGAUCUUCUUGCCAAGAUCAAUUGUCUCAACUUGAUCGCCGCGUAUGCAGUCGCACUCAAGCACAAGCUCCGGUUCGAGCCUGGCGUCCAUUACGAUGACCUAAAGCACCUGGUCGGCCACUUGGACACCUUCGCACGCGAUGCUGAUCAGCCAGAAGCCAAUAAACCAGGUAUAUUCAAGACGGCAGGACAGUUCCUCGGGCUACCCAUGGCCGAAUCAAACCCACGCAAAUUGCUGAAGCGCUCGCGUGUGCCACUCGGUAACCUUCCUCUGGAAAUCCUCAACCACCUGAGUGUCUACAUGAAGUCGAUCUACGAAAACGGCACCUUCAAAGUUUCCAUCUACCAAACGCAAUCUCUCAACGCGCUCACAAGCUUCAAUGAUGUGCUUGCGGGGACUGAGCGCAUCCUUUCCACUCCGCUCCCCUUGGCGUAUAGCAUUGCCAUCAGCCAAAUCACUUGGGUGUAUAUCCUUCUCCUGCCCUUCCAACUAUACAAGCUCCUGGGAUACAUCACGAUCCCCGCAAGCGUCUUUGCAGCCUACAUUAUCCUGGGCAUUGCGCUCAUCGGUCGUGAGAUUGAAAAUCCCUUCGGUACUGAUGUGAAUGACUUGCCGCUAGACGCAUUCUGCCUGCAGAUCAGGAAAGAUGUGGAUAUCAUCAUGAGUAAAGCAGCGCCAAGCAUCGAGCAAGUGGUCAUGCACCCGGACAACCAGCUUCUCUAUCCGUUGAGCAACGUGGGUAGUGCAGAAUGGGCGGCGAAGAGUGUUGAUGAGAUUAGGGACGCGUUGGCGACUAAGCCUGGUCUGCAUUUCCCGUUGGUCGAACACAACGAGCAUCCGAAGCCUGGU